UUAUAAAGCCAAAAACGCCUCUUUCUCUAUCCGGCUUUCGCUUCUCACCUUUCGGUUUCUCAGAUUCAAAUCUGUUCCUCUCAUCUCAUCGGGGGAAUAAACGUUCUGAGGAUUAGAUUGGAAGGACAGAAACGGAGAAGCCAUGGCGAUUGUCUCUCCUCUUGCCAAAUACAAGCUCGUAUUCUUAGGCGACCAAUCCGUUGGGAAAACCAGCAUCAUUACCCGCUUCAUGUAUGAUAAAUUCGAUAAUACGUACCAGGCUACAAUCGGCAUUGAUUUUCUGUCAAAGACAAUGUACCUUGAAGAUCGUACAGUUCGCUUGCAGCUAUGGGAUACUGCUGGACAAGAGAGAUUUAGGAGUCUCAUUCCAAGCUACAUCAGAGAUUCUUCUGUUGCAGUAAUUGUCUAUGAUGUAUCCAAUCGGCAAUCAUUUUUGAGCACCUCUAAGUGGAUAGAGGAAGUACGCACUGAACGAGGCAGUGAUGUGAUUAUUGUCCUUGUUGGGAACAAAACCGAUCUUGUUGACAAGAGGCAGGUUUCAAUAGAGGAUGGAGAUGCCAAAUCCCGUGACUUUGGUGUCAUGUUCAUAGAGACCAGUGCUAAAGCUGGAUUCAAUAUCAAGCCAUUAUUCCGAAAGAUUGCUGCUGCCUUGCCAGGGAUGGAGACCCUCUCCUCGACUAAACAAGAAGAUAUGGUCGAUGUGAACCUGAAGCCUACUGUAAAUUCAUCCCAGCAAGAGCAGCAAGGAGGUGGCUGUGCUUGCUAGAAGAUUACAUACAUAUUAUGGAGGUCAAAGAGUGAUAGAAUUUGGUUCAGCGAAUUUCCAUGUGAACAUUUGGAAAAGGAUAAUCUCAAGGCUCGCUAAAG